AGUAUCGCAUCUGGUCACAGAGAAGUAACUUGAAGAAGUACGGCUUUUUAUUGUCCUUCUUUCUGUUGCUGAAGCUUCUACGAGUCUAUAACUACAAUGGAAAAUUAUGAACAUUCUGGUGAUAGCAUAUCAUCUUCUACUGUUACAACUAGACUAGGAUCUACUAGUUCUGUUUUAUUUUUGACCCCUGUUACUGAACAGGAACAGCAAAAUGCCACAACACCAACUGAAACGGAGAAUCCUGCAAUGGGAAGUCCUGCUACCACAGAAAGUAAUGUGGAUACAGCAGGAUUACAUCCUGCUGUGAUAAUUGGAAUUCCUGUAGUACUGCUCCUAGUCCUCUUAAUUCUCCUGAUCAUCUUUAUUGUAAGACGUCGCAAUCAGAAACAAAGCCAAGAAGAUGAGCUAGGAAGUGAAAAUGGGAAAAGUCCUAUUUUUGAAGAAGAUACACCCUCUGUAAUGGAAAUUGAGAUGGAAGAACUGGAUAAAUGGAUGAAUAGCUUAAAAAGAAAUGAAGAAUGUGAUUUUUUGCCUCCUGUAAAAGAAGAGAAAGAUUGUAACACCAACCCAAGUGAUUGCGAAUCUUGAGAUAAAGAAGAAAUUACAUGAAAUAAAGGAAGAAAAGCAGAAGUAAUAUUAUUGCUGAGUUCCUAGAUGCUCUGGACAUGAAAUGUCUUCAUCUCAACUAGUCACGGAUACCAAUUUUUUUUCUUUAAUUGUUCCUGCUGGUUUUGUUCUACAUAUUGAUAAAAUUCCGCAAGAUGGAAAUCCUGAAAUCAACUUUUACCACUGUGAAAGUCAGGAGGCAUGUGUAGAGAACAAUAUUCUCCCGGGUAUUUCCUCAGAACAAUUUGUUCUCGCUACCCUUUUUAUUGACACAAAAGACGUAUUUUGUAAGAUUGUCCAUUACAGUAAUGCCUGUAAAUACAAAGGUACCGCACCCUUCAUACUGAAUUUCCUUGCUCUGGAAAGCAAAUUUCACCGUUCCGAAAUAUGAUCCAUGGCAUUGAUUUUGCUGAUGGUGAUGCCUCAUGAAGUUGAGGGAAGCAGAAAUGCAGCUUGUACAGAGAAUGUUGCACCAACAUUUCAAAUGCUUAGAUACAACCAGUGGAUUUGGAAUAAGCAGAUAACUAUGAAGAUUUGUAAAAAAAAAUUAUGUCUUUGUGGAUAAUGUCAUUACAGAGUUUAGUCAUUAGACGGCACUGGCUUUAAUUUUAU